GUAUGUUUUAAUAGCCGAAAUAUUUAAAACAGACGAUGAGAUAUUAUAAUAUACACUAGAUUAAAUAUAGAAAUGAUAACAGCAGCCAUUUUAAAACGCAUAAAACUAUCUAAACAGAGCGACUUACGUUUUUUACGUGACAGGCCCAGGGGGAGGAGCUACAUUCAACAUCAACAAAAGGAAAGAGAGGCAGAGAAAACAGACGAGAGAUUCUCGGAUAUACAAACUGAAUAUGUCCUUUUGACAUCCCUGGUGUUUUGACGACUUAAAACAAAAAAAGUGAAAAUAUGGAGGCAUUCAGACUGAUGAAGGAACUAAAGAGCAAUAUGGACCAAGAGGUUCAGUAUCUGCCAAAGGAAACCGGACUCAGUUUGAUUGAAUCCACACAAGAGAACGUUAAUGGGGUUUCAGCCAAAUGUCGAGAUUCCCGAGUAGAAGAUCUCUGGAGCUUGACCAGUUUCUUCGGUUACAGCACUCAGACCUUUGUACUAGCCGUUAACCUGCUGGACAGGUUUAUAGCUAUGAUGAAGGUUCAGCCCAAGUAUCUGGCCUGCAUCAGCAUCGGUUGCCUUCACAUUGCCGCCCGAGUGACCGAAGAAGAGUGCAAUGUUUCGUCCAGCCAUGAGCUCAUUCGCAUCAGCCAGUGCAAGUUCACCGUCUCAGACCUCAGCCGAAUGGAGAAGAUCAUUUCAGAGAAGCUCAACUUCCAGUUAAAAGCCGUCACAGCCUUAACCUUCCUGCAUUUGUACCACGCCAUUGCACUUUCACACACGUCCAACAGAAAAGAUGUACUGAAUCUUGACAAACUUGAAGCCCAGCUGAAAGCCUGCCUAUGCAGAAUCAUUUUCUCCAAAGCAAAACCUUCGGUGCUCGCUUUGUCACUCUUGAUGCUUGAGAUCGAGGCCUUACAGUCUGCGGACCUGCUAGAAAUCGCCCAGCGCAUACAAACACACUUGAAGAUCUCCAAGGCUGACCUGGCGUGCUGGCGAAGUCUGGUAGGUCAAUGUAUGAGGGAAUACUCCUCUCCAGAAUGUGCCAAACCUGACCACAAGAAACUGGUGUGGAUCGUCUCGCGGAGGACGGCACAGAACCUCCACAGCAGCUACCGCAGCGUCCCCGAGCUGCCAACCAUCCCGGAGGGUGCAUGGGACGAGAGCGAGAGUGAGGAUUCAAGCGAAGACCUGAGCUCCGGGGAAGAGAGUCUGAGCAGCUCGCUGGGCAGCGACGCAGAGGGACCCUACUUCCCCCAAAACUUCCGCUGCCGUGCCCACAGACAGUAAACCACUUGCCAAGGAGCACAACCACCAAUGAAGAUGUGACUUCCUCGUCAUCUUCCAAGAUGAUGUCUCAGACCUCUCCUGGCUGGAAACCUUAAGUUGCACAGCGAGGUGCCAUUGUGCCUGGGUUCAACGAAACCUCAGAGUCCAAAAUAUCAGAAUUGUAUUUUAAAACUCUUCUUUUAUGGCUUUACAGAAAGCCAGUCCAAAUACUGUUAACAUCUCUCUUGAUUACUCGUGUUAAGCUAAAGGAGAAAUACUUCAGCACUGCAAAACACUGGCAGCUAAAAACAUAAAAAAAGAAAAAAAGAUGUAGCCGUAGCAUACAUAUAGUAGUUAGUGCAUGUUCGGAUUUGUCAGCAUUCCAAGCAACUCAAUAUGACAUAUCCAAGGUACACUAGACUGUUAGAGAACAACUUAAGACUUGUACUUUGGUGCUUUGCACAGUUUUCUAUUAUGAUUGUAAGCAUGUGACAGUGGGAAAGCUGCGUGCCUGCAGAACUCGGAGGUCAAACAGUCAGAGAUUUUCCUUUGGUGCGCAUGGUGUUCGCAGAAAAACAGUGGAUUGUUUAUUUUUCGUGUAUGUGAGUGUGAUGUUGUUAACCUACUUGCCAACUUAGUUUAAGUUUCACUUUAGCCGAUGUAUGAAGACAAAUACUGUACGUUGAAAAAAGCCUAAAAAACCUUAUUCAAUAUAAAAAAAAAUAAUGUAAAUUUGUAUAAUGUAAAAAAAAAAUGCAUAUACGUUCUGAAACUUGUAGAUAUUAACUUAUUUAUUGUUAAUUUU